UCUGCCCGGUGUCUCUGCUCUGUCUACUCUUUUAUCUCAAUACAGCCAGAACUGUACUUCAAUUCACGCAUCCGUUUCUUGUCGUGAUGCUUGUGAUGCCAUAAUCUCUGCAUGAGCACUCCUGCGCUUGAGGCCUAAGACACUACAUUGUAUGCACUUCAACAACGCCCGUCCGCUUCGUGUUCGUGUUCAUCGUGGAAGGUGUAUCGCUCAUUUGCCCAGUUUCUUUAACUCCUCCCUGUGUAUUGUUAGCCAUGCCAACACCUCCGAGACGCGUUGCCGUACCUCAGCUGCACCGCAAAGUCCUCGUUCGUGUCGUCGUCGUCCCAGCUCUCUUCCCAUAGAUGCGCGUUGCCGCCAGGGAUCUGUGUCUCCUCCUCUGUCCAAUCUGUCCUAUUGUCAGCCUCGAUUCGCCCUCAGCUCGUCUCUGGGUAUGUUUCAGGCGCGGGUACCUUCAACAGGAAAGUCCUCAAACUCGUCGUCCUCCUCUAGUUGUGUGGCGGGCUUCUUGUCCUGUGAAAGCGGUUGCUCGCCGUUCUUGGGGUCGGCGGCUUUGGUUGUGGCGGUGUUUCCUUGUGCGGGGCCGGCCAUCUUGACGGCGUGUGCUGUUGUCUGGGUAUACAAGUGUGUUGGAUAGUUUCGUGACGGGUGUGUUUGGUGUGCUUCGUGAGUUUGGUGAGCUUGGUGGCUGCCGUUGCGGCUCUGUCGAACGAAGCGCCAAUCGGUGACUAAGCGCGCUUUCACGUGUUGCUGUCCAGGUACCUCUCCGCGCCUUCCGCAAAAGUG